AUGAAGGGAUGUGUAUUCUUUGUUGCGGCGACAUCCGUGUUCAGGGUAUCAACCCCCGUUGUUGCCCUUGGCGACCUUCAGCUAGCUGGAGCAAUUUCACGUCUCUUCGGCCUAGGUUCGCGAGACGACGCCGCCGCUCCAAACAUAGAAGGAGAUAUUCUCGGACGAUUCCUUCAGACAGGAGAUACUGAGUCUCACAGUGCAGUUCCUGACGCAGCCAUUGAUGCCGAUGAUGACCUUCGAGCUCAGUUUGAGAUCCUGAACACGGAUAGAUAUGAUCAUCUGCUUCUCGCCGCGCAGAAGAAAAGAAAAGUGGCCGAGCAACUUCGUGCUGCAGCUGAUAGAGCACAGGCUGCAGUCGUACCGUCUACAGAUCGCGAGAGGCAGAGAGAAAGCGAGGAAAGUUCUGCUGAGGCUGCCUUCGAUCGAACUCAAGCGGAUAUGACGGAGCGACAAGCGGAAUUGCUGGACGCUGAAGCACGCGAAGUCAAGCGUCUAAUAGAAGCUGUAAAGGUUGAGGCCGAGAAGCCUUCAGAGGCCCCAACUGCAGGUGACUGA